AUCGGCGGCAUUUACAAAAUUUGUAAAUGUCGUUUUUGACAAACAAUGCUCAAUAAAUCGCCCUCUUUAGCAUUUUCAUUGCUAUGAAUUAUUUUGAAUAUGGCAAGACCAAUGAGUCGAGCGUUGAAGGAGAGGCUAAAGCGCAUCGGACGUGUUUAUUCAUCCCCAGUCAUCGCUAGUAAUAGUAAAAGACAAUGUCAUGUUGAAGAAGAAAAAGGCAAUGCCCAUGAUUCUGAGAGCAGCCAACAGAUUGGGGACUGCCAGUUAUCUGAAGAGUUUGAAUGUGCGUCUUUGCAAACCAGAGGACAGUCCUUGAAUGUAGAUGUGGCGGAGGCGCUUGAUCUGGGAUGUUGGGACUCGCAAGCCGAUUCAUACUGCGAGGAGAGACUGGAUUCACAACCUCGUUCACAGGAUACGUCAGAAUUGGAGCUAGGUAAUUUGUCAGGGAGAGUAUCAAAGACUUCUCCGAUUGUGAGGACAAUAAAGUAUGUUCAAAAAGACGCUCAAGCGAAUACCUACAACUCUAGUGCAAAGAGAUCAGUGUCUCCUAACAACUCUAGUGCAAAGAGACCAUGUGUCUCACCAAAUAUCUCAAGUGUCAAUACUCGGGGGUUUCCAAACAUCAGCAAACCAGCAUCUUCUCCCACUGAUAUGAUAGACAGUGACAUGGCUGGUAAAGUCGUGGAUCCAGGCAGCCUCCCCUGUCCUGUCGACAAUGUUGAUCAGUUGAAGAAACAAAGGACGGCGUUAUUGACACGCCUCAAUCGGAAAGAAGAACUGCUGCGGAAAUUAAAUAUGGUGAAGAUGUAUCGGGCUAAGAAUGACCUGACGGAGCUCCAAGUACUUAUCGACAAGUGGCGAACCGUAUCCCAAGAUGCACUGCAAGAAUUGGUCGAUAUCACAAAUGAUCCAAAGCCGUCGUUGAAAGAACUCAUAGACCACUUGCAUCUUGAUUAUAAAUUCAUUGGAUUUAAUCAAGAGGAGGAGACAUUUUUGCCAACGUGAUUUGGACCUAACUUGUCUUCCGGAAUUCGUUACUUCUUUGUUUAGAACAUUUUGGACUCGCCAAACUGCUGGGUUUCACAGCCUGGUGGUUUCCAGUACCCCCUGGAUCAGCUUGGUGCUGGAACAAGCUGCUUAUAUAGUCUUUAGAACGCCCUGUGUCAAUUUCUAUGAAAGGGGAGGGAAUCCUUGAAUACCCAAAAGCUGUACCGACUGUGUGACAUCAUUUGCUUUACCGGUAAUUUUUCUGUACAGACAGU